UCAGGCCACAUCUCGGAGCAGUUGGAGGAAGAUAUCAGCACGUUUCCGCAUAUGGAAGUGGCGCACUUGCACUUUCUCCUGCAGGUGGCCACCACAUCCCAUGCCGAGCUGGCGGACACCGAGGUUGCCGCGGCCAAGACAAAAUUGCUCGGACUGAUCGCAGAACAUCACAUGGCGCCAUUUUACGAACGCGUUUCAGCCGAGUUUCGCUGGCCCGUGGACACUGCGCUGCUCUCGACGAUGAAAAAGCACAACGAAGACGAGUUGGCGAAAUUGGACGCGCAAUUGACUGAUGCGGAAGCCAACUUGGGUGACAUUGAAGUGUUGGAAGCGCAUCUCGGUCGCGCCCGGCUGUAUUCGUUGAUCGGGGACAAGGAAAAGGUGUUGGAAGCACUGCACACCGCGCUCGCCAAACCAACCUCCGUGAACCAGAAGAUCAUCAUCCAGCUCCACAUCAUUCGCGUCGGUCUGUUCUUCUCUGACCUUCCGCUCGUGGAAACCCACAUCAAGAAAGCGCGAGCUCUCAUCGACGAAGGCGGCGACUGGGACCGACGGAACCGCCUCAAGGUGUACGAAGGGUGCUACCUCCUCAUGGCGCGUGACUUCAAGAAGGCCUCCAUUUUGUUCCAGGACUCGGUGGCGACAUUUACAAGCACGGAGCUCAUGUCGUACCAGACAAUGAUCUUUUACGCCGUCAUCACAUCGGUGUUGACGACCUCGCGCGUUGAUUUGAAAAAGCGGAUCGUCGAUUCGUCAGAAGUGCUGGCGGUGCUGCGCGACAUCCCGCACCUGAGCAACUUUUUAAAUGGCUUGUACGAUUGCAAUUACAAGCAAUUCUUCACGGCUAUCGUUGGUUUGCACGCGUAUGUGAACCGCGACAAGUACUUGGCGCUGCAUUCGCGGUACAUUUACCGGGAACUGCGCAUCUUGGCGUAUGGGCAAUUCCUCGAGGCCUACCGCAGCGUCACUUUGCAGUCUAUGGCCACGGCGUUUGGCGUUGGGGUGUCGUUUUUGGAUACCGAGUUGAGUCGGUUUAUUGCGGCCGGUCGAUUGAAUGCGAAGAUCGACAAGGUGGCUGGUGUGAUCGAAACAAACCGUCCCGAUGCCAAGAACGCCCAGUACCAAGACACGGUCAAGCAUGGCGACGCUUUGCUCAACCGCAUUCAAAAACUGGCGCGUGUCAUCAACGUUUAGGUGCGGGCCUCCGUGAAACAAAGCGCGAGAAGCGUCUCCAUCCAGUUGAAAGCAUGCAAAGGCAUGGCGGUUUAAUUCAGCAGACGUUUCGAGUGCUCGGCCUCGUGUAUCGUUCAAAAUCUUCAUCGAGACAUGGAGGAGGAUGCAUUUCUCAUGGGCUUGCCGUCGUGGAAGUUGCCGUCCACCAUACCAAAUGGUACACGAUGUGUUUUUUCUCGA